GUUAUACCAGAUGCAGAGUCGCAGGAAUGGAAUUCUAAGAAAGAAUAUGCGGGUGUGUUCAGAUUUCGCUUUUGGAGAUUUGGUACAUGGGUGGAAGUGGUGAUAGAUGACCUUCUACCAACAAGAGGAGGCAAACUACUUUUUGCCAGGUCGAAAACUCCGAACGAGUUCUGGUCAGCACUCCUUGAAAAGGCAUUUGCAAAGUGA